GUUGGACCGAUCUGGGUCAUGCGUCGGUGGUGGGCAGCGGUGGCGCUUGGUGCGAUUCCUCGCGGACGUGGCCACGAGUGCAUUCACAACGACUUGGACCAUGGCGUCCCGAUCGCGUCAUCGCAAUCGUACGACGCCCAUCCGCACGAAGGCGGGACGGCGCGGUACCUCAUGGCGCAAAUGGAUGCUGCGUCUGCGUCCGUGUCGGUCGGCGCGUCGGCCCAGUACAAACCCAUUCGCAUCACGGCCAUCUUCGACGCACCGUCCAUGGCAGCCCUCGGCGCGACCAACAUGAACUUUAUCAAGGCGAAACUGGUGGCGGAUGCACUCGAGUAUUGGCGGCAAACGUUGCAGGUGAUCCCGAUCUCGGGCCCAUGGUACGCCCAACGCAACUGCAUCCAGGCGUGGAAAACGACGCCGCCAGUGUGCGACGCCGUCGAGACCGAUCAAAUGUGCAUGGAGGCGCCGAUUCCAGAGAGCCACUUUGCCCCACUCCGGGUAUGCACGUCGUGCCCGGCUCAAAACUGCGUCGGGGGAGCGUGUGCCUUUACGUCGUCCGGCACCGGCGUGCCCGACACCGACUACGUCCUGUACGUUCGAGCCGUUCAAACUGCAAACUGCGGCAACAAUGUGCUCGCGUACGCCACGAGCUGCCAGCUCGACCAGUUUGAUCGACCGACGAUGGGCAUGGUCAACUUUUGCCCCCCAAAAAUCAACGCGGAUCCGCUCGUGUACGACAAACAGCUCAACACGGCGACGCACGAGAUCGCGCAUGCCCUCGGGUUUACGUCGCAGAUGUUCUCGUACAUGAGGCACCCCGACGGCAGCCCCCGGACGCCGCGGGAUGCGUCAGGCCGGCCCCCCAUCCAACAAAACUACAAGUGCCCGAAUGCGGCCACUGCGAGCUCGAUUCAAAUGCCGAGCGACACAACUAUCCAAUUCUUCACCGAGCGCGGCCACUCGGUCGCGAAAUUGGUCACGCCGAACGUCCUGUCGUUUGUACGAAACUACUUCAAUUGCCCAACGUUGAAUGGCGCCGAGAUCGAGGACGCCGACGGCGCGUGCUUGGGCAGUCAUUGGGAAGAGCGCAUCUUUGAGCCCGAGCUCAUGAGUCCCCUCCAGAGCUACCGGAACCCUGUGACCAGCUUGACCUUGUCGUACUUUCAAGACUCGGGGUGGUACCAGGUGAACUAUACAGGUGCGCAGCCCAUGUACUGGGGGGCGAACCGGGGAUGCCCCUUUACGACGGACAAGUGCAUCCAAGGCAACGUUCCCGUCCCGAGCGAUCACUUUUGCGUCGACGCGGCCGUCGACAGCUGCUCGGUCGACCUCACGUCCCGCGCGGUGUGCACCCUGCGCACGUCAACGGAUUCGAUCCCAGCUUACAACCAGUAUUUCUCCAACCCGAGCUUGGGGGGCUCGUCCUUUGCCGACUAUUGCCCCAUUUACACGGGCUACAAGGGCGGCGACUGUCGCCUGGCCACGAAUUUGCAGUCCCCCGCCGGCACGGCUUUGAAUCUCCUCGGGGAGGCCUACGGCUCGACCAGCUUUUGCCUCAAGUCGACACUCCUCACGACCAAAAACGGAGGCUGGAGCAUCCCAGGUCGCACGACGGGCUGCUACGCCAUGACGUGCGCCGCCGGAGUCGUCACAAUCUCCGUCGCCGGGCCGUCCGGGACAACACAAAUAUCGUGUUCGCAAAAAGGCCAGUCGGUCUCGGUCACCGGGUUCACCGGCGUGCUCAACUGCCCCGACCCGGCGAUCGUGUGCGAUUCGGGCCAGUGCAUCCCGUCGUGCGGCGCCAAUGCAUUCUGCGCCGUCGGCAAGUGUACCUGCGUCGACGGCUUCACGUCCGCCUCGAAUGGCACGUGCAUCUCCAUCUGCCCCAACGCGUGCUCGGGCAAUGGCCUGUGCAACACUAAAACUACCACAUGCACAUGCAACACGGGGUUUGGGGGCGCCGACUGCAGCGCAACUGCUGCGUCGACCAAGAAAAGCAACGCGGUCGGGAGCCGGCUCACGACGACAAUCCUUGCCGGUGCAGCGGCCAUGCUCCUUUGCCUUUAAAACACUCGAACCAACGACUCAACUGUACAUGUUGUUUGGAACUGUUGUCGAGAUUUUUUUGGUACUCGACACCACCAGAUACGCGAUCGACGCGCAUGUGGGCCAGGGCUAGAGCCUUCGUCCCGAGGUCGGUGCGUGUGGCUGCUGCAGCAGCGGCAGACACACUGCUGCAAUGUUUGACUCGAGGAGAAUUUGUUGGAUCAAGGCCCGAACUUCGGCAUCGUCGCACGUAAUGCACCGGCAGAGCGAUGGAAAGACUUCGAGGACGGUUUGCGGCGACCGAUGCAGACUCGUCAAAAGCACGACCACGCGAGUUCGGUGGGUGCCAGUCGGGUCGCCAAGGAAUGCCUCGAUCGCGUCGACAAACACCGUGUUGAGUUGCUCACGGCACACGUUGCGCAGCGAUCGGUUCAGAUUCGUCGGCCCGACCAGCGUUGUCAUGUGGCGGAUGCGGGCUGACGCGAUGCGGGAAUCGUCUCCACCGGCCAAAUCCAGCAGAGUCACAAAUCGUUUGGUCAGUCGGGCGUCGUUGUACUGGAUCACCAUCAUCGCGAGGACGAGUCGUUCCAGCACCGACAACUCGAGCGCGACGGCAUCGUCAAAGUCGGGCGCAGGAACAGGUACCGGCUGGGGUGGGGCCCUCAACACGAUCUCGACGACGUCCAAUAACGCUGAAGCCGACGAUGGCGGCACCGUGUGCAGUCCGAACCCAAUGAGUGCCAAGAGCACCUUGAGAGCGUGCUUCCACAUCGUGAUCGCAGCCUUUUCGCUGGCCGUUGCCGCGCCCGGGACA